AUGCGUGCCUCGGAGGGCGCCCUCACACCAGCAACGGUAAAGAAGUUUGCGUGGCAACUCCUGCGUGGAGUAGAAUUCUGCCAUGCGAGUAGAAUUCUGCAUCGUGACCUCAAGCCCCAGAAUCUCUUGAUCGAUCAGCGACUACGCUUGAAGAUCGCAGACUUCGGCCUAGCGCGACCGUUCCACGUGCCUCUUGGCGAGUACACCCACGAAGUCGUCACAGUUUGGUACCGGCCGCCGGAGAUCUUGCUGGGCAGCCAAAUAUACAGUCUGCCGGUGGAUUUGUGGAGCAUCGGCUGCGUGAUCGCAGAGAUGGCAACGGGAAGACCCCUCUUCGCUGGUGACUCCGAGAUUGACACGAUCUUUCGGAUCUUUCAGAAGCUUGGCACCCCCACCGAGGAUAUUUGGCCGGGCCUUACAAAGCUUCCCGACUUCAAGCCCACCUUUCCUCUUUGGCCAGCGCAGCCCUGGUCGUCGAUCCGCAAUACGGCAGCGCAGGUUGGCGAAGACGGCGUUGACUUGUUGGACAAGCUCACAUACUACGAUCCAAGGAGGCGCAUCAGCGCCCACAAGGCCCUGCAGCAUCCGUAUUUCCGGGAUGUGGCCGCAAGAGAGGAGGCAUGA